GAGAUUCAGAUUUGCACCUUGGUUUGGCCCAGCUUUGCAGGAGAAAUAGUUUGGGAUGUGACCUUUGCCAUUGUUUUCUUUCUAGUACCAGGAUUAGUCAUUGUCAUCAGUUAUUCUAAAAUCUUACAGAUUACAAAAGCAUCAAGAAGGAGUUUAAAUGCUGGUUUAGCCUACUCAGAAAAUCAUCAGAUUCGUGUUUCCCAGCAAGACUACAAACUAUUCCGAGCUCUCUUUGUGUUGAUGAUCUCUUUCUUCAUCAUGUGGAGCCCAAUUGUAGUAAUUAUUUUUUUAAUUUUAGUCCAGAACUACAAACAAGAUUUAAAUAUUUUGCCAUCAGUUUUCUUCUGGAUAGUGUUAUUCACUUUUGCCAACUCUGCUGUCAAUCCAAUUUUGUAUAAUGUUGCUCAUUUCAGACGUAAAUGUCAGGAAAUUCUUCUCUGUUGUACAGGGAACCCUGUAAGGCAUGGGGCUGGUACAGAAACCACUGCAAGAAGAAGUAACCAUGAACAACCAAAUUUGUCUUUCAUUACCAGAUAACUAUUUAAAGUCUGAGCUGUGCCAGACUUUGGAUGUUAAUGUCUACACUAUCCCAGGUUGAA